UGAACCGAAAAAGAUAACACAACAUAACAACGUGACAAAAUAAUAUCACUUUAUUAUUAAUUUCUUUGUGGCCCAUAUCCAAAUUCCCAUCAUUAUAUAUUACAUUAUCACAAACUACAUUCUUUAAUUCAAAUUACCCCCAAAAAAAAAAAUAUGGAAGAAAUAAUAAUAAUAACAAUAACCAUUAUCAUCUUCACCAUUUUUUUCUUCAAAAUUACCAAAACCAAUAAAACACAGUACAAAAACCCACCACCAUCACCACCUUCAUACCCCAUAAUAGGCCACCUUCAUCUCCUAACCAAACAACCAAUCCAUAGAGCUUUACAAAAACUCUCAACCCAAUACGGCGACGUUUUCUCUCUUCAAUUCGGAUCACGCCACGUGGCAAUCAUAUCAUCCCCAUCAGCGGUAGAAGAAUGCUUCACCAAAAACGACAUCGUUUUAGCCAACCGUCCACUUCUUAUCAUGGGCAAGCACGUAGGCUACAACUACACCAACAUAGUCAAUGCCCCUUACGGCCACCAUUGGCGGAAUCUCCGCCGCAUCGCCACCGUCGAGAUCUUAUCCUCAACCCGUCUCAACCUCUUUCUCGACAUCCGUAAAGACGAGAUCCUCCGGCUCCUCCGCCAAUUCUCCGGCGCCGGCGGAGGGUGGAGCCGGGUGGAGCUGAGGUCGAAAUUGACAGAGAUGAGUUUUAACAUCAUAAUGAGAAUGAUGGCCGGAAAACGGUACUACGGUGAUGACGUGGCGGAGGAGGGUCGGCGGUUUAGGGAGGUUAUGAAAGAGGUUCUUGAGAAUGCUGGAGCUGAGAACCCGGCGGAUUUUUUGCCGGUUUUGAAGUGGAUUCCGAUCAAUAAUUAUGAGAAGAGAGUUGAGAGGCUUGGGAAGAAGGCUGACUUGUUUUUACAGGGUUUGAUCGAAGAGCAUCGGAAUCGGAAAGAUGGCGGUGAUCGGAAUACUGUGAUUGAUCAUUUACUGACUUUGCAGGAAUCUCAACCGGAAUAUUACUCCGAUCAGAUUAUCAAAGGCUUUGUUCUGAUAUUACUAAUGGCGGGAAGUGAUACAUCGGCUGUGACAUUAGAAUGGGCAAUGUCAAAUCUAUUGAAUCAUCCUUGUAUUUUACAAAAAGUAAGAGACGAACUCGAUUCUCAAGUUGGUCAACAACAAUUGUUGGAGGAAUCGAAUCUCACUAAACUAUCGUACCUACGAAAUGUCAUUUUCGAAACCCUACGAUUGUACCCAGCAGCUCCACUCCUCAUACCGCACUACUCAUCCAGCGAUUGCACUAUUAGUGGAUUUGAUGUACCACGUAACACAAUGGUAAUUGUGAAUGCAUGGGCCAUACAGAGAGAUCCCAAGUUUUGGGAAGAUCCCGAAAUUUUUAAGCCAGAAAGAUUUGAGAGUAAUAAUAUUAGUAAGACUGAAGGAUAUAAAUUCAUGCCAUUUGGAGUUGGGAGAAGGGCUUGUCCAGGUAUUGGACUAGCUGAACGUGUGGUUGCAUUAACAUUAGGGUCAUUGAUACAAUGCUUUGAAUGGGAAAAUAUUAGUAAGGAAAAAGUUGAUAUGAGUGAAGGUAAAGGACUUACUAUGCCUAAAGCUGUCCCAUUAGAGGCUAUGUGUAAACCAUGCCCUAUUAUGGAUGUCCUCUUCUCUUAAUCCAUUGAUGAACUUAGAAUAUUCUAACUAGACAUGGUAUUUACAUAUUUAAUAUAUGUACUUAGAAUUGUAAUUAUAUAAUAUAAAUUAGAAGUGUCUUUUCUUUCUUUUUUCA